AUGCCGUCUAUGGAUGAUGUUUCCGAUAGCGAAAGCUUCAAUGAUAUUGAAAUGCUUGAAAUUCCGGAGGAUUUUUCCGAAACAGAUUCGAUCUCUGAUGUAACCUCCGAUGACACCCAUAGUAGUGGGAAGACAAAUACUGUUCGUCCAGUACAGCCAGUUCCAUCGUACAUCAAAUUACAAGAUUGGUUAAAUUCAAACGAAAAGUUUGCAUUCAAAUUCGAUGCCCAACUGUAUAAACAGAGUCUCAAGCAAAAGGUUGAUCCAGAAUACUUGGACUUUUCCAACUCUUUGUACAAAGUGUUCAUUCAAUUUUCCGACAAUGACCUUCUUGGACCAGCAGUUGACAUGCAAGAGCCAAUCGGUGUUAUCAGUGAUAGCUUCAACCCAUCUAUAAAAGAAACCGAAAGAUUACGUGCCAGGGCCUUGAGUGAUUCCUUAUCCAGCGUCAUUGAGAUUGUAUCGGCAUACGUCAAAACUAUAGAUAAUGUUAAAGAUGACGAAAUUGUAUAUGAAUACCAACAACUUUUAAGUGUUUUGGAUUGUCUUCGUGCUAACUAUUUUUAUGACGACGCUAACUCCAGACCUGAAUUGUUAGCUGAAUGGAUAAACAAAAUUGACCCUAAACCAGAAACUGAAUUAGUUGAAUCUGUAAUGUCCCAUACUCCAAAACCAUAUUUACAUCCUCAAUUUUGGAAUACAUACUUGGCCCAACUUCUUACUAGAGGGCUUCUUUCUCAGGCUGUCCAUGCUAUUGAGAAAUCACACUUUGAAGAACUUUCAAACGGCGAUGAUGAUACAAAUGAAUUAUACCUGAUUAUAAAAGACUUUUCCUCCAUAUUGGCCAAUUAUUCUAACAUGUCCUUAAAGCACCAAUUUGACGAUUGGAAAUUGGUAUGUUGUGAACUUAGAGAUGGUCUUUCUAAUAGGAAGAUACAAAUUUCUAAUCCUGAACAUGUUAGAAUUGUGAGUCAAAUUUAUGAUCUAUUAUGUAUUAUUACCGGAUUUCCUAAAACUAUUGCAGAAUAUUGUGACACAUGGUACGAGAUGUACACUGCAUUGUCCUUGUAUCAAGUUCGUUACGAGGACUCAUUAUAUAAGGAAUAUUACCAACUUGCGUCUUCCGAGAGACCCUGUAAUGUUCUUGGUGAGUCCAAUGCUGUAUGGGAACAAAUAUGUUGGAACAUUAUGGAAGAAAACUUUUUAAAGGCACUAACAAUCAUCGAUGCUAUAGAUUCACCAGUUGCUGCAUAUAUUUCAAGAUUACUUGAAAUCAAAGGGCUCUUAAAAACUUAUUAUAGCUCUAGAACUGCAUCUGUGUCAAACUCAUUAGAGGAAAGAACCAUUUCACAAUAUUUACUCACAAAGUAUUCGUAUCAAUGUCUCUUAAAUCAUGACCUUGUACCAAUUGGAAUUGGUAUCUUGCUUAACAAAAACGUUUUCAUUUCAAGUCAAUCUAGAUCAGAUAAUAGAAAAUGUAUUGCAGAAUUUCUUCCACAUUUUGUUUGCAAUACAAAUGAUGAUUUAGAAUGGGCAUUAACUAUUUGCGCACAAUUAAAUUUGAAAUCAACUGCACAAACAUUAUAUUUAAAUCAAGGACGCAAAUCGUUGCUGGAAGGAUAUCUUUUUGAGGCAAUGAAUAUGUUUGUUAAUUGUUACAAUCCAGAAGACACUAAGAAUUCAAAUAACGAAGGAAUGAAGGAACUUCAUCGUAUUGCAUGGGACAUUAUAUUUCAAGAUGCUUUAAUUAAUUCAAGACCUAUUAGUGAUGAAUUGAUUAACAAUAUUGUUACUCGUAAUGUUGGUGAAGAUUUUGAAGUUCAUCCAGUUAUUAGACAAUGUAUUUCUCCUUAUGCGGUAUUAGUUGAGUUUUUCAAUUCAUUAAAGGGACAAAACUUUCAAUCUGGGAUGGAAAAGAUCUCGAAAUUGAUUCAUUUACUUCGAUUCAAUUUCUUACCAGCUCGAUUUUCCCCUCUUCUUUUAUGUCAAAUUUUACCCUUCCUUAUGAAUAGUGGCCAAUAUCAAUUCCAAUUACCAGAUUUAAUUAUUAUUGUUGAAUUGAUUGAUAGCUAUGAAACUCAUUCUAUAGAAGACAAGGAAGAAGGAAAUGUCUUGUACAAGUGUGCAAUUGAAAAUAUUGAAGAAGAUGUUCAAGAAUAUGAUUGGAGAUUGGUAUUAAAGAAAACAUAUAAACAAAUCCCAAAGGAAUUUGAAGAGAUUAUUAGAAUUUUACGUAACGAAGUGGUUGCUAAGAUAGGAAAGGUUUACGUUGAUGAACCUUAA